UUAUACGGUGCAGCUACAUAGUAUGCUCACAGAAAGGGGCAUCAAUCACUCACUGACAGUAUUACUGUUACUCUGCUCGUAAAGCCUUGUGAGUUUUGAUCCAUUUAAGCACCCACCGAGCUUCGCCUCACCACCAUUGCCAUCCAGAAGAGAGAGCCUAGCUAGCAGGGAAGCACAAAACACCGAGAAGAAAUGAGGCUUCACCAUGGAGCAGUUGCUCUGCUCGUGCUACUCUGCGUCCAUGGAGCAGAGGCCGCGGGAGGCGGGUUCGUGAGGGCGCAGGGCACCCGCUUCGUGAUCAACGGCAGCCCGUACUACGCCAACGGGUUCAACGCCUACUGGCUCAUGACAAUGGCCGCCGACCCCGCGCAGAGGGGCAAGGUCACCUCCACGCUGAGCCAGGCCGCCGCCCGCGGCCUCUCCGUCGCCAGGACCUGGGCCUUCAGCGACGGCGGCAGCAAUAAUGCGCUGCAGUACUCCCCCGGCAACUACAACGAGAACACCUUCAAGGGCUUAGAUUUUGUGCUGUCCGAGGUAAGGAAGCAUGAGGUUAAGGUGAUACUAAGCCUUGUGAACAACUAUGACAGUUUUGGAGGGAAGAAGCAGUAUGUGAACUGGGCAAGAGCGCAGGGGCAGGCCAUCGGGUCUGAUGAUGAGUUCUUCACCAACGCUGUUGUUAAGGGCUUCUACAAGAACCAUGUCAAGACCGUGCUGACCCGGGUGAACACGCUGACCGGGGUGGCGUACAAGGACGACCCGACGAUCCUGGCAUGGGAGCUGAUGAACGAGCCCCGGUGCCAGUCGGACCUCUCGGGCCGGACCAUCCAGUCGUGGAUCACGGAGAUGGCGGCCCACGUCAAGUCCCUGGACAGCAACCACAUGCUGGAGGCCGGCCUGGAGGGCUUCUACGGCGCGUCCUCCUCCGUGAACCCGUCGGGGUACCUUGUCGGCACCGACUUCAUCGCCAACAACAUGGCCCCCGGCAUCGACUUCGCCACCGUGCACUCGUACCCGGACCAGUGGAUGCCGGGCUCGGACGACAGCGCGCAGCUGGGCUUCCUGGGCCGGUGGCUGGACGCGCACGUGGAGGACGCGAGGGCGAAGCUGCGGAAGCCGCUGCUGAUCGCCGAGUUCGGCAAGUCGUGGAAGGAUCCGGGGUACAGCAGCGCCGUCCGGGACGCGCAGUUCGGGGCCGUGUAUGCUAAGAUCUACGAGUCGGCGAGGAAGGGCGGGCCCAUGGUGGGCGGGCUCUUCUGGCAGCUCAUGGCCGACGGCAUGGACUCGUACGGGGACGGCUACGAGGUCAUCUUCGCGGACGCGCCCGCGUCCACCACGGGCGUCAUCACCACGCAGAGCCGGAAGCUCAAGAUGCUCGGCAAGGCGUUCGCUAGAGCCGAGCGGGAGCGGAGCGCCAGGGGGAAGGGCGCCGGCGGUGGUGGCAAUUAAGUUCGUGUGUGUGUGUUUCUUUUGUUAUGUGAGUUAAGUUCUCCUCGAGAUGAUUCAAGGUUAUUCAUCCGGGAGAGAAGGAGUAAUACUCCAUAUGUGUCAUCCUCCCGACGUCUUAAAAGGGCAUGCUAUUUUAUUCGUUCUUGUGGAUCAGGAGAUGCCAAUCCUGUAGCGAGUCAUGGUGUAAUGCUGCCGGUAGAAGGAGCAGCCGGUGUUAUACUAAUCGUACCGUCUGUUGAUUU